GUUGAGUAUAUGCAGUAGUGUACAUGAGCUGCUAUGUAUGUAUGUAGUAGUUUGGGAAUAGAGUGAUAUCUAAGCAACGUUGCCAGAUGGAGCGGAAGGGAGCUCUUAGUUCCAUCUGACUGCGCACAUCGGAGCGCUGGUAACAUUCCUAUCAUCUCCCUUCCGCGCCGUCCAGCUCUGGCGGACUUUUGACCGGGCGCGUCGACGUUCUCAGUCAUUUAUCCGGAUGGACUCUGGAUUCCGGGUUCAUAUACAUACGAGCCACUCUAAUUAUCGCUCGGAGAUGUGGCGCAAUGCCGUGCACGGAGAUCUGUCCGGGCGGCUGUUGGCAACACUGGGAUCCGGGGGGCGCGUGACGAGGGCUUGAUCUGCUGAUGUAGAUCGUGCGCGGUUGGCUAUAGUCGUCUAUGGCGGUGAGACGUGGGGAGAUGCGCUGAGACGCUCAGCAGCCAUCGUAGAUGCAGGCCGUCGAAAGAGGAGUCGCAGAUGCCUGGGGACGAAAGGAGUCGCGGAGGACGAGUGGGGUCCGAGAAAGAGCACGGAAGAAGCGCUCAACGUGGGGCGUUCCUGAUUUCAUCAGUUCAUCGGGUGGGCCCAGAUCAUACCACGUGCGGGCCGUCGGCGUCCGCGGUCGGCUCGGGCUGUCCAGUCGUCCCAGGGGCGGAGGACGACGAUGGGAGGGCCGGCCGUAUUUUGGUGAUAUUAUCGCUGGAGGCGCUGCCUUAUCUUCGUUACUCUGCGAGUAGCCGCACGCACCCGCUGGACGUUUACCUCCUUCGUUUUACCGUUCGCCGUCCCUUGCUGGUCGAGAGUUGUUGUAGAAGAAAGAUCUGUGUCGCGUUCCGCUUGAUGUGCUUUGCCUAGAGUCGCAACAGGAUUCCCACGGAGCCGACGACGCCCAGCCAAUCGCCCGCGGCCUUCGCCACCGUGCCUAUUCACGGACGUCCCGUUGCCCUCUCCUUCCCUCCCAGCCCCUCGUCCUGCUCCUCCUCCCCCGCGCCCUCGCUCGCCAGGCCAGCGUCCCCCACCCCCACACUCGUUUGCACCACCCUCGACGUCGCCCGCCGUCCCUCUGCGGCUGCAGCCAGCAAAGGCGCCCUCGCGCGCCCUUAGCCAACCAACCCAAACUUUGCCAUCACCACACCAUCGACAGCGACAACAACGACAACCAGCAAAAAAAAAGCCAAAACAUGCAUCUCCACCACCUCGCGCUCCUCGUCGCGCUCCCCGCCCUCCUCGUCCUCCUCGUCUCGGCCGAGCACGCAGAACACGCCAGCGCGAAUGCGUCCCACCGCGCGCUCAAGCGCCGCAUGAUGCGCGCGAACAAGCUCCUCGCCUCCGCGCAGGGCCGCGAUCUCGGCGGCGCCCUGGGCGACAUCGGGAACGCCGUGGGCGACAUCGGGCAGGGCCUCGGUAACGCCAUAGGCGACAUCGGCGAUGGCAUAGGCGCGAUCUUCAACCCGUCCGACUCGGCCUCGGCCUCCUCAAGCGCCUCGACGGACUCCGCGUCGGCCUCGUCUUCCGCGUCCGCGUCCGCGUCCUCCACGUCUUCAGCCUCGGAUGGUUCCUCGGCCUCCUCGUCUUCGGUCGCCGCGUCUUCGACCGCAUCGGAUGGUUCCUCCUCCUCCUCCUCCUCCGCCUCCGCCUCCUCGUCGGCGUCAGACUCGGCGACCGCAACCGCGACGGACGGUACGACGACCGCGGCUGCGUCCGCGACGGACACCUCCACGGACGCGACCGUGACGGUCAUCACCGGCACCUCGACCUUCACCGACACCUCGUCGCCCACCGAUUCGGCCUCGUCCACGCCUACCGAUUCGGCCUCGUCCACGCCCACGUCCACGGACGCGACGAGCAGCGGUCUCGGCAUCUCGCUCUCGCUUCCGACGAUCUCGCUCCCGACGAUCUCGCUCCCGACGAUCAUCCCCUCGUUGACGGGCACGGCCAGCUCGAGCGCCGCGACCGACUCGUCCAGCUCGGCCGUCACCUCCGCCGCCUCCUUGACCGGCACGGACUCGACCGUCGUCGUCACCGUCAGCUCGACCGUCACCGACACCGACACCGGCUCGUCCUCGCCCACCAGCGUCAGCUCAAGCAGCAGCUCAAGCAGCAGCGGGAUCUCGCUCCCGAUCUCCGUUCCGGGCCUGUCCACGUCCAUCUCGAUCUCGAUCCCGACGUCCCUCUCCAUCUCGGACCCGUUCUCGAUCUCGACCUCGGCCACGGACUCGGUCUCGGUCAGCGUGUCGAGCGUGCCGACGAGCAUCUCCGGCGUGUCGACCGACAUACCGACGACGGUCAGCGUGAGCGUCACGCUCUCGGGUUCCCAGAGCAGCGGCUCGACGUCCGUCUCCGCGUCCGUCACCGGCUCGGUCUCGGGCACCGACAGCGUCACGUCGUCGACUGCGAGCGGCUCCGACAGCGUCACGUCCUCGACCGUGAGCGGCUCCGACUCGGUCACGACCACCGUCUCCGGCUCCGACUCGAUCACGACCUCGACGGGCAGCGCGGGCGUGACCACGAUCACCAGCGGCUCGGAGACGCUCACGAGCACGAGCACGGUCAGCGGCUCCAACUCGGCCUCGGUCUCCGUCUCCGUCACCGACUCGGGCAUCUCAUCCUCCGUGACCGCGUCCGGCUCGACUUCGUCCACCGUCUCGAUCGUCUUCCCGAGCGGCACCUCGUCCAGCGCGAGCGGCUCGGCCUCGAUCUCGGGCUCGUCCUCCGUCUCCGGCUCGGACUCGCUCACCUCGUCCGGCGCGUCGGCCUCCGCCACGUCCUCGUCGUCCUCGUCCUCGGUCGAGACCGCGAUCGCGUCCCAGUUCUCCUUCCUCACCGACACCUCCUCGCUCGUCCUCCAGUCCGUCCCGACGACGUCCUCGGCCGCGAGCACGCAGACCGACCCGGACGCGGCGCCGACGACGUCCUCCGUGUUCUCGUCCGUGCCCGCGACGGCGACGGUCUCGUCCGUCCCGCUCCCGAGCGGGCUCCCCGCGCGCAUCGUCGCGGGCGACAUCGACUUUACGGAGAAGCAGCUCGCGGGCAAGACGUUCAUCAGCCUGCUGUUUGGACCCGGGUUGAGCUGGAAUUGGGUCGCGAACCACGCGGACACGAGCGGCCAGAUCUUGGCGUAUACGCCGUUGGUGUUGCAGAACGCGCUUGGGCUCACGUCGGACCAGAUCCUCGAGUACGCGCUACAGGUCUACGUCCCGGCCUCGUACCAGUCCACGGCGGACGUCGAUAAGCUGUUGACCAUGUUCCUCGCGUACAUCCCUAGCGACUCGGUCGACGACCUCGCGUCGCAGAUCAAGGUCAAGACGAGCGCAUUCUAUACCGGCUCCACCGGCGUCGCGCAGCAGAUCGCCACCCAGGUCGACAGCAGCUUCAGCGUCAUGUCCGUCUCGGACCCGAACGCGGGCUCGGAGGGGAGCUCGUCGAGCUCCGGGACGUCGAGCUCCUCCGCGGACGACAAGGCGGGCGCGAGCAGCAGCAGCAGCAAGCGCCAGGACGCGAUCAUCGGCGUCGUGUCGUCCCUCGGCGGCGUCACGCUCAUCGUGCUCGCCCUGCUCGUGUUCCGCUCGCUCAAGCGCCGCCGCGAGCUCGCGCACCAGCAGCUCGGCGAGGAGCCGUCGGACACGUACGUCGGCGCGCGCCCGGAGGGUCAGGAGUUUGAUCGCGAUUCGGUUGGCGGGCAGCGCAGGCGGUCGUUCUACUUUGCGGAAGACUCGCUCAGGGGAUUCGACGGGCAGCAUUCGCCGCAGGCGGGCAGCGCGAGCCCGGGCGGGAUGCGCCAGCGGAUGGGCGCCGGCGCGGUGUCGGCGCCGAUCUUGAGGGAGAACACGAUGAACUUCUGAGCCCCGAUUGAUCCCUCGCUCACGACCCCCCCCCCCCCCUUUGCGAUGACCAGACACGAAUGACCACCCCGACCCGGAAGCAAAGAAAGGAAUACUGUCUCUCUCUCUGUACGACGACCGACGAUUGACGACCGACCGACGGCAUGGGCGUACCGGACCUCAACCUCGGAUGAUGCAUCGAUACCCCUCCACCCCACCGCGCCGGCUUCGCGUCUACCAACACCUCGUCCCGUCGUCUUCUUCGCGAGACGGGUCGGGUGGAUCGCACACCUCGUCGGUGUGUUCCCUACCUUUUGAUGUUUCACGUUCCCAUCCUCUUUUUCACUGUGUUGUGUCUUUUUGGUGAUUCGGUGCGGCCUUGCGGGAUAGUGCUCUAUCAUUACUCUUAGUUCUUCCCUCGUCUAUAUCGAAACCCCUCUCCCUCGUCUAUAUACCUAUUUAUUAUCUUCAUUCCCCCGUCAAACGGAUGUAAUGCGUCGUCGCCGUCUCUUGAAAGUCCCUUUGUUCGUCCGUGACUGAUUUUUUGAGGCUUCGCUGUCACCAUCUCCCCCUGGAGGACUGUCAAUUCUUUUAGCACACAUCCGAACGUUUU